GUCCCUCGAACCCCGCCCCACCCCACCUCCGCGUCUCUCCUUCUCCACCCCAAUCUCUCAAACCGCUCUCCGCUAGCUAGCCACCCCACCUCCACCCCUCGCCCGCCAAAAUGUGCCUCUACUACCGCAAACUGCACACCUGCGGCUGCAUCAGCAAGCCGCUGCUCUCGAUGUGCCGGACCGGCGUGCUCAGCAACACCCUCUGCACGCCGCUGGCCCCGCCCCCGGCCGACGACGACGCCGCCAGCGCGCGCAAAUCGCACUUCCAGUGCUACGACUGCCUGCGCCUCGAGGCCUUCGCCGAGCACCGCGCGAAGCUGCAGGCCGCGCACGACCAGCAGAAGGGCGCGGAGAUGGCGGCCAAGGCGGAGAAGUUCGCGCGCCGCGAGCGCGAGCAGCGCGUGAGGCGCGAGGCUGCGGAGCGGGCGCAGCUGGAGCGCGAGAGGGAGCGCGCGAGGAAGGAGGAGGAGGCGAGGAUGAAGGAGCAGGAGAGGAGGGAGGGCGGGCUGUGGAUCGAUGCUGCGGCGGCGGGCAGGAAGAAGGGGCGCAAGGCUGGUGGUGGGCCGCUGUCUGCGCCGCUGCCGCGCGGGAAGAAGAUGGGCGAGAUGAAGAUCGUGCAGAUGGAGGGUCCGAGGUCUGCGGCUGGGCUUGGUGCGCCGCCGCCGUCCGCUCCGCUGAUGGGGGCUAAGAAGCCCGGCGAGGUCAAGAUAGGGGAGAGGGAGCCGGAGCCGAAGUCGUCGGCCAGUAGCCUGGAUCCCGGCGGUAGGGCGGGCGUCUGGGGUCCGAAGAAGGGUCCGACGAAUGGUGGUCGGAAGAACUGAGGUGCUGUCGACGGCUGAGACAGGAGCAUAUGGGCGUAUGGGGUUCGCGGCAUUGCCGGUCGGAAUGGGAACUGGCUUUGUGAAGGGACUCACAUGGCGUUUGGAUCGGCGUUCUAUACGAACUGGACUGGUGCUUGGGAGGAGCAACUCGGGACUGGGACAUUGGGAUGAAUUGAAUUGAAUUGAAUUGAAUUGA